ACCUCUGGUUCUCCGAUUCUGAUGGAGAAUUCCUGAGGCGGCAGCUCCAUCUCGGCCAUCCUGUGCCAUGAAGGUCUCCCCUUGCGCCAUCUCGGCCAUCCUGUGCCAUGAAGUGGAAGCUGUAGCCAUGACCACCGAGGUAGGCCUCGCAGCUGAGGUGAAGCAGGAGCCCGAGAAAGUGGGCGCCGCCGCCACGGAGAGGCCUAAGGAGGCAGCAGAGAACCGGCAGAAUCCGCCCUCGGAGCCCUCGGAGGAGCCCGGGCUGCCCCCGCCUGCAGCUGACAGCCCGGGUCGCCCCCGCCAGAAGAGGGAGGGGGAGCCGUCGGAGAGCAGGGGACUCGCGCGCUUCCUGCCGCCCUGGCUGAAGAAGCAGAAGUCCUAUACGUUGGUGGCGGCCGGGGACAAGGAGCCGAAGGAGCCCCCGCGGGCUGUCGUGGAGCAGGUGGCAGGUCCAGAGGAAUCUUCUCCCGAAGGGGAGAGGCCGCAUCAGGCUGAAGCUCAGGAGCGGGCUGGGAGCAGACAGCAGGAGGUGACAGCCGGGGUCAAGGACGAGAAGCCCGAGAAGCCCGCGGCCAGCCCCGAGGCCCAGUCUGCUGAAGAGGUGGGUAAGGGCAAAGAGAAGGUGGACGAGGUGCAGGAAGACGUGUCGGAGGAAGCAGCGAAGAGGGAGAGCAAGGAGGUGCAGACCAAUGAGCUGAAAGCAGAGAAGGCCGCCCAGAAAGCCGCCAAGAAGACCAAAAUGGUCCAGUGCAAGGUGAUGCUCCUCGACGGCACCGAGUACAGCUGUGACCUGGAGAAACGUGCUAAGGGACAAGUGUUAUUUGACAAAGUGUGUGAACAUCUCAAUCUCCUGGAGAAGGACUACUUUGGACUUUUAUUUCAGGAAAGCCCUGAGCAGAAAAACUGGCUAGAUCCUGCGAAAGAAAUAAAGAGACAACUGCGAAAUUUUCCUUGGCUGUUCACCUUUAAUGUGAAGUUUUAUCCUCCUGACCCUUCUCAGUUGACCGAAGAUCUCACCAGGUACCUCCUGUGCCUUCAGCUGCGGCAGGACAUCGCCUCGGGCCGCCUGCCCUGCUCCUUCGUGACGCACGCCCUCCUGGGGUCCUAUACGCUGCAGGCUGAGCUGGGGGACCAUGACCCAGAGGAGCACGGCGGUGGUGACCUCAGCGACUUCCAGUUUGCACCGAUGCAGACCAAGGAGCUGGAAGAGAAGGUGGCGGAGCUGCACAGAACCCACAGGGGCUUAUCUCCAGCACAAGCUGAUUCUCAGUUCCUAGAAAAUGCCAAGAGGCUCUCCAUGUACGGUGUCGACCUGCAUCAUGCCAAGGACUCGGAAGGCGUGGACAUCAAGCUGGGGGUGUGCGCCAACGGGCUCCUCAUUUACAAAGACAGACUGAGAAUCAAUCGCUUUGCUUGGCCGAAAAUCUUGAAAAUCUCCUAUAAGCGCAGUAACUUCUACAUUAAAGUCAGGCCCGCAGAGCUCGAACAAUUUGAGAGCACCAUUGGAUUCAAACUGCCAAACCAUCGGGCGGCAAAAAGGCUAUGGAAAGUGUGUGUGGAGCACCAUACUUUCUACAGGCUUGUGUCUCCAGAGCAGCCACCAAAGGCCAAGUUCCUGACCUUGGGGUCCAAGUUCCGCUACAGCGGCCGCACCCAAGCCCAGACCCGCCAGGCAAGCACCCUCAUUGACAGGCCAGCGCCACACUUUGAGCGUACCUCCAGUAAGCGGGUCUCCAGGAGUCUGGAUGGAGCUCCCCUGGGCGUCGUGGAACCAGGCCUCGUGAAGGACCUUCCCGGUGCUGCUGGGGAGCUGCCCGCCGGCCCCGGGGUGGGCAGCGCUGCCGCCGUGCAGGAUGGGGAUGGCACCAGGGACCUCCGAAGCCCGGCCAAAGCCCCUCACGUGCAAUUCGUUGAAGGAAAGAAAAAUUCCUUGAGAGUAGAAGGGGAUAAUAUUUAUGUCAGACAUAGCAAUUUAAUGUUGGAGGACCUCGAUAAGGCCCAGGAGGACAUACUGAGACAUCAGGCUAGCAUUAGUGAACUCAAGCGCAAUUUUAUGGAAUCCACACCUGAGCCGCGCCCUAAUGAAUGGGAAAAACGACGUAUCACACCUCUGUCCCUACAGACACAAGGGAGCAGAGGAGACCAUCUUUUCAAGGAUAUUUUAUCCGUGAAGGAGAAGCAUCCGAUGGCAGCAGCACGGACAGUUGAAGAAAAAGUCCAGGAGGCAGACAAGAGCCUAGAAGAGGAGAUAACAUCCAUUUUGUUUAGUGCAAAGGGCUUUUGUGGUAGCGUGGGCGCCUCCUGCAGCGCAGCCAGCACCCGGACAGCCGAGGGCCCUGCUGUGAGCCGUAAAGCCCCUCCUGAGAGGCCUUCCUCGCCCUCCUCGCAGUUGCCUGAGAAACGUGCUCCCGAGUCAGAAGGGCCUUGCACUGGAGCCAGUGAUGCUGUUAAGAGUUCACAUGAGACUCUGAAUGUAGUGGAGGAGAAGAAGCAGGCAGAGGUUGGGAAAGACGAAAGAGUAAUCGCGGAAGAGCUGAACGGUAAAGAGCUAUCACCUGGGAGUGGUCCUGGGGCCACGCGUAAGGUGGAGCCCGUGACACAGAAGGACUCCACCUCCCUGUCUUCUGAGAGCAGCGGCGGCAGUGAGAGCGAGGAGGAAGACGUGGGCGAGUACCGGCCCCACCACCGCGUGACCCCGGGCACCAUCAGGGAAGAGCAGGAGGAGGAGGAGGAGGAGGAGGAGGUGGAGGAAGGAGCCGGCCGAGCAGCCCAGGUGGUAGAGAGGGAGGCGCCAGCGCCCCAAGGCAGCCCCGGCUCGCAGGCAGGUGCCAGUGUGAGCGCAGUGCGAGCCGAGAGCCAGGAAAGCCCGGUGGCCCCCGGGAGCCCUGCAGAGAAGCGUGUAGACGGAGGCGCCGCUAAGCAAGACGGCAGCGAAGACGCGGAGGACGAGCAGCAUAAAGUUAACGGAGAGGUGUCUCCUGUUGACCUUGAUGUUUUGCCACAAAUUAUUUGUUGUUCAGAGCCACCAGUGGUAAAAACAGAGAUGGUAACAAUUUCUGAUGCCUCACAAAGGACAGAAAUCUCCACCAAGGAAGUCCCUAUUGUCCAAACUGAGACCAAAACCAUCACAUAUGAGUCUCCACAGAUUGACGGCGGGGCUGGUGGUGACUCCGGGACAUUACUGACGGCGCAAACCAUCACAUCUGAGUCCGUGUCGACAACGACCACAACGCACAUCACCAAGACUGUGAAAGGUGGCAUAUCUGAAACAAGAAUUGAGAAACGCAUCGUGAUCACGGGAGAUGCAGACAUCGAUCAUGACCAGGCGCUGGCGCAGGCCAUCCGGGAAGCCCGGGAGCAGCACCCCGACAUGUCGGUGACGAGAGUGGUGGUGCACAAGGAGACGGAGCUGGACGAAGGGGAGGAGUAGGCAAGGAGGCACUUUGCGGGAGGGGCACCACGGGGGCCUGACCUUAAAGCCCUCAACACGGGUGAGGAGUGACGCGUAAAGGAAAGAUGGCUGUGGCUCAUGAACCUUGAGAACUUAAAGGAUGAAGUGACAGUUCACUGUGCAGAGGGGCAUCCGUGUCAGGGACAGAUCAUGGACUCUUGUGUCGCAUCCAGAAAUCAAGCACUUGGGGCACCCGGGGCUCAACGGGUGAGUGUCUGCCUUGGGCUCAGGCCGUGCCCCUGGGGUCCCGGGAUCGAGUCCCACCUCCGGCUCCCACAGGGACCUGGCUCCCUCUGCCUCUCCCCCUGCUCGUGCUCCCUCGGUGUCUCUGUCUCAAAUGAGUGAACAGUGGGCAAAGCAUUAACCCAGCAAACCAUGUAGAAGCUACGUGAACAAUCAAAACUGUUCAGCCUCAUUAUCCUUAAAUACAAAUUAAAAACUCA